AAGCGACUCUCUGUUAAUUUGCGUCUUGCAAUCUUAUAAGGCCAGCUGCCCGACUCGGGCAUAUGUCCUUUCCUUGCCAACAUGUUCCCGACCGUCAUAGUCAGCAUGACGCUUUGCUAACGCGCAUUGAUGCAGUUGCCAUUUCUUUUCGCUGAGAGAUAGUCCACUUUCGCUUUCCGCUUCCACUUUGCCAUCCUCAGCUUGUUCAACGCCUAUCACGAUGCGGUCUUUCGGUACAUUGGCCUUCCUGGCUUUGCCAUUGUUCAGCACUGUUUUCGCCGGCGAGCCUGCUUCCCCAACGAAGCAGGUCGAGGCCAACUCCAUCUACGCCAGCGCGCAGGAUGCCUUCCAAGACCUGCUCAACGCGCUGCCUGAAGAAUCACUGCAAGCGGCAUUGAGUGGCCUCAAGGACUUCCAAAAGGGUGUCUUUGAGUCGCACCACCGAGGUGUCGAGCACGUCCACGACAACAAUCCUGCCUUGGCAACAAAGCUCAUCGUCGCUGCUGUUCGCGACCUCAAGAAGAGACAAGCAGGAACUUCAAAUGGCACCACUCCCCAACCUCCAAGCCCUCCACCACAAACGAGUGCCCAGCUGCCGCCAACCCCCGAAAGCAGCGCCGCUCCACCGCCACCCCAGCAAAGCAGCGCAGCACCACCGCCAGUCUCCUCUGCUGACCGCCCUGUCGUAGUUCCUGUUGAGGCAACGACGACGGACAGCCAGGGUCGCACUGUUGUGCAAACCACUUCUGUCCUCAGCCAAGUAACUGCCUCGGUCGAAGUGACCAUUGUCCGCACCAACGCCCAAGGCAGCGCUGUAACUACCACGGAAAACCGCCCUGCCGUUGUCAAGACAACCACCGACUCCGCCGGCCGUACGACCGUCACCACUUCUGCCGCCAGGUUCGCACCGACUGCAGGCGAAGUGCUUACCGCGACCAAUGCCCAAGGCUCCACCUUUUUGACCACGUACACACCUGGUGGAGGCAAGAUCAGCAGCGUGAAGCUGAUUACCACGACGGGCGCGGACGGCAAACCGAGCACGAUUACAAGCUACGCGUUUGUUGAUCCCGCAGAGGUACCCAAGACAAGCGGCGGCGACAGCAAGCCCACGCAGACGACCGGAAAGCCAUCCCUGCAAACGGGCGCAGCGAACAAGAACUUCGCCGUGGGCUACGCAAUGGUCGGAGGAGCGCUUGCUCUCUUCGUAUAAGAGAUGGAUGUAUACACCUAGUUCCUAUCACGCGAUCACGACUCUCCUUUCAGCAUCAGCAUCAGCAUCACACUCCUUAUGAUACCCACACAUACAUUCCUUACGACACCUUGAAUUCGUGUACAUGAACAUUUUGCGCUUUGCUUUGGCUUCGGCCUCUGAUUUUUAAACUGCGUUACUCAAAAUUGGCAUUUAGCGCUGCAUUGUUGGGGUUGUGACGGCAUGGUAAUCUAAUCUUGGGCGUCGUCAUUAUAUAUAUAUACAGAGCUAGUUAGCUCCUUUCUCUCCUUCAAUAUACCUGCGGGUUUUGAAGAGGGCUUCGUUGUUGGGAGAAGGGAUAGUCUGGAGAAUAGGGACUAUGAUAUGGAAGAUUGAA